AUGUUAAGAGUUGGAAGAGAAACAAGAACAUUAAAUUUAAGUAACAAUGACUUAAGCCAGGUUCCUACUGACAUAUUAAAUUUUUUUAUCAGAGGGGAAUUGACAUCUGUAAAUUUGAGUCACAAUAAUAUACCUUCUAUAUCAGAAGUGCUGAGGGUUAGCAGUAGGAUAGAGAAAUUGUGGAUUGAAGGAAACCCAUUAUGUGAUGAACUGGAUCCCAUGGAUUAUGUCAAAAAUAUUGUUAUAAAGUUUCCCAGAUUAACAGAACUGGAUGGUAUCAAUUUAAAUCAACACGGUUUAAUGUUGCCUUAUUUCAAGAAUUAUCUAGUGACACCAGACCGAAGAACAAAGAUGGUAGCCGAAAAAUUUAUUACAUUAUAUUUUUCAAACUAUGACUGUAGAAGGAAGAAAUCUUUUCAGUUUUAUGAUAAUGAUGCUGUUUUAACUAUGGUGGGAAAUUUUAGUGGUGUGUAUUUAAUGAUGGCAACUAUAUUUAUAUAUUAUGGCUUAGUAACUUGUAGCUUCAACUAA